GCCCAUCCACUCACACUAUCCUCACUGACAAAACCAGAUUUCCAUACCAUUCUCCUCUUCCUGAUCACCGUCUCGCGAUCCCAAUCAAUACUGCAACCCCCAAGCAAGCUCUAUUAGCGUCUAUCAUCAACUAUAUACCCAAUCUUCCAGGCUGUGUGGUCUGGCUUGAGAUACGGCAUACGGCCUUUCACCUUCCAGUCACACAUCUUCCGCACCGGGAUUCGGGACCUUUUUCAGGCGUGACGUCUGGCGUAUUGACUGCGACGUCAGUCAGGCCCUGAAGGUACGUGUCUGUUGCUAGUUGCUGAACAGCGCAUCACACUAUCCACCGUUUCUCCCUUGUACCGAAUUCUCCGUUCAUCAUGUCCUUUCCGCCACCUCCAGGUCUUAGGCAAGCACCUUCGUCGCUCCCUGCGCGUCCGCCACCACCAGCGAGCACUGCUUCGCCUGCCACCUACCAACAACCCGCAUACUCGGCUGCGCCCUCGUAUGCGCCGCCCGGUGCAAGCAGCGGGUAUGGUAGUCACGGGCCGUCGCGACCGGGCUACGGCGCCGCCACUGCCUUCGCACCGCGCUCAGUAGCCUCAACUCAACCCUACCGUACCAGCAGUCCUGUGGUGUCCGCUCCACCUACCUCAACCAGCGGCUAUGCAACACCAACCACGACCGGCUACGGUAAUUACUACCCACCACAACAACAACAAGCACAAGCAUCGUACCAGAGCGCCCCGACCUACUACGGCGCCCCGGCCCAGUACAAUGACGGCACCUCGUAUGGCCCGUCUGUGCCACGGAUCCAGAACCCCUUCCAGCCCGCCGCCGGAAGGGGCUACGGUGGCCGCAAUGACUCCGGCAUGGAUCCGGAGACGGAAGCGCAGAUUGCGCAAUGGCAGAGCGCCUACGCGAAUAAAGAGGAACUCCCGGCCCCCGGCAAGGUCCCUGGACGCCGAGAUGCCAACCAGGGAAUCGGGGCUGGGCCUGCAUCCGGCGCGAACACGCCAUCCGGCGCCGCCACCGGUGCCAACACGCCGGCGCCGAUCGUGGGGGUGUCCGAGCCCGCGCCAAAGACAGUUGUCCGCUCCGGUGGUGGACAGAACUGGACCGACUCGACACUCUUGGAGUGGGAUCCGGCGCACUUCCGUCUGUUCGUGGGAAACUUGGCGGGCGAGGUUACGGACGAUUCCCUGCUGAAGGCGUUCGCCAAGUACACGUCGGUGCAGAAGGCGCGGGUGAUCCGCGACAAGCGCACGCAGAAGAGCAAGGGCUACGGGUUUGUCAGCUUCAGCGACGGCGACGACUAUUUCAAGGCGGCGCGAGAAAUGCAAGGCAAGUACAUCGGCUCGCAUCCGGUUCUGCUCCGGCGGGCCACCACCGAGGUCCGGCCCGUGUCCAACAACAAGAAUGGGAAGAAGCACGGGGGUGGAGGCGGCUCGGGUGGGGGCAGUGCUGGUGGGGGCAAGGUCAAGCAUGAUGGAGUCAAGAAGCAUGGAAAGACCAAGGGCGGACUGAAGAUUCUCGGAUGAUCGAUGGGGUUGAUUGUACUUUGUACGCAGGCUCUCGAUCAAGUAGGCAAUCCGAUGACGACUUCUGCUACGACUGGGGUACAUGAUAGAAACCUGAAGCAUCCUGUGAUUAUCGGGUAGUUCAAUUUGUACGCAAUAUACCCUUAUCCUCCCACUCGAUACGUCAACACACAUGCUCAAAACAUACUCGGUAAUAUAUAAAAAAUCCCCCAAACCAGAACACCUAGGGUCGAAACCAGUCCACCCUUCCUAAGCCCUCGAAAGAAACCCAAGCAAAAUCCAUGGAAAACCGAGUAACAAUCCCUCUCUCUUAUAGA